GUGCGCAGUGGGUGCGUCGGCGGCGACCCUUCGGCCUUUUUCGGGAGGGGGCGAUGCUGAGAUGGGGGCGGCGGCAGCGGAAGCGGAUCGUACUCUCUUUGUGGGCAACCUUGAAACGAAAGUGACAGAGGAGCUCCUUUUCGAGCUUUUCCACCAGGCUGGGCCAGUAAUAAAAGUGAAAAUUCCAAAAGAUAAGGAUGGUAAACCAAAGCAGUUUGCGUUUGUGAAUUUCAAACAUGAAGUAUCUGUUCCUUAUGCCAUGAAUCUGCUUAACGGAAUCAAACUUUUUGGAAGGCCCAUCAAAAUUCAGUUUAGAUCAGGAAGUAGCCAUGCCUCACAGGAGGUCAGUUCGUCAUAUCCCCAGCAUCAUGUUGGAAGUUCAAGCCCUACUUCCACAUCUCCUAGCAGGUACGAAAGGACAGUGGAUAACAUGACUCCAUCAACACCAAUAAUUCAAAGAUCUUUUUCUUCUUCAGAAAAUUUUCAGAGACAAGCAGUGAUGAACAGUGUCUUGAGACAGAUGUCAUAUGGAGGGAAAUUUGGUUCUCCACAUCUGGAUCAAUCAGGAUUUUCCCCAUCAGUUCAGUCACAUAAUCACACUUUUAACCGGUCUUCAACCUCCCAGUGGCGCCAAGAUACACCAUUAUCACAGCGAAAAGUCAGACAGAAUUCUCAUACCUACGCAGUGGAUAGACAUUAUAGCCGUGAACAGCGUUACACUGAUCAUGGGUCCGACCAUCAUUACAGAGGAAGCAGAGAUGAUUUCUUCUAUGAAGAGAGAAAUCCCGAUGGCUGGAGCCAUGACUAUGAUAACAGAAGAGACAGUGGUAGAGAUGGAAAAUGGCGCUCAUCUCGACACUAACAAGUGUUAAAAGGAUGUUUUCAUAGUGUCAUUCUAGGCCCUUUUUGUUAAGUUGUUUCUGGGAAUGUUUUCUUUAAAAAAGUCUAUAGAGCAGCUUUACAAGUUGGCACAUUUCUUUAUAAAAUUUUUAAAACCUAAUUGCAGUCCAAUACAGAAAUGAGAAUUGUGGUUCUAGUUUUAUUACAUUAAUAACCUUUCACCUCAGGGUUUUAAGAAGAGGAAAGGGUUUUAUGCUAAAGAAAGUGCACAAUUCCUAAUCAUUUUAGACAAUUGAGGAAGGGAUGUAUUAUUUGGAUUAAUUGUAUUAUGAAGCAAAUAUUUUAAUUAUCUGUUACCUUUUUGUAUUACAAGAAAUUUCUUGUUAGGGAAUCAGAUUUUUGGUGUAUAUAAUGGAAAACAUUCAAGUUGAUAGUCUGAAAUGACUCAGUAUUUUGUUACUAAACGAGAAAAUGUAAAUUCAGUGAUUCAUUUUACUAAUAUUUGAGAAAACCUUUUGGUCAAGUUUGGGGAUAAAUCAUAUUAUUUAACUUAGAGAACUUAAGUGUAAGUUCUGUGACAUGAUCUUGAGUUUUACUGUAAGUGAGCAUACAAGUAUACAUCUACACAUGCUAUUUCAUUGUAAAAUUUUAGAAUUUGCUCAUUAAAACAUGUUCAAUGGGCUUCCCUGGUGGCGCAGUGGUUGAGAGUCCACCUGCCGAUGCAGGGGACAGGGGUUCGUGCCCCGGUCCGGGAAGAUCCCACAUGCCGCGGAGCGGCUGGGCCCGUGAGCUAUGGCCGCUGAGCCUGCGCGUCCAGAGCCUGUGCUCCGCAACAGGAGAGGCAGCAACAGUGAGAGGCCCGCAUACCACAAAAAAAAAAAAAAAAACAAA